UUAACCCCAGCGAGAGGUAAACCUCACGUUAGGGCGGCGUGAAGCAUAAUAAAAAAGGGCUGGGCUUCGAGAAUGGGGAAAACGUGUUUUCGAUUCAAAUUAAACAAGGAGUAAAAGGCGCGGCUCCUCGAUUCAGGGCCCUGACCCUGCCAAGAAAGUGCUCUCCUGGAUCAGCACCUGGGGGCCUGGAAGGAUGUUUCACUCAGGUAGAAUGUGGAGAUGUCAUUGGAAAUGGAAGCCAAAUUCUCUUUUGUUCUUAUUUGCUUUACAUCUUGUUUAUAUGCCUCACUCAGUGUGGGGAUGUGCCAACUGCAGACUUGUCCUCUCCAGCCCUUCUGGGACCUUCACUUCUCCAUGCUACCCUAAUGACUACCCUAACUCCCAGGCCUGCGGGUGGACGCUGCGAGCCCCCACUGGCUAUAUCAUCCAGAUAACAUUUAAUGACUUCGACAUUGAAGAAGCUCCCAAUUGCAUCUAUGACUCAUUAUCCCUUGAUAAUGGAGAGAGCCAGACUAAAUUUUGUGGCGCAACCGCCAAAGGCCUAUCGUUUAACUCAAGUGCGAAUGAGAUGCAUGUGUCCUUUUCAAGUGAUUUUAGCAUCCAGAAGAAAGGUUUCAAUGCCAGCUACAUCAGAGUUGCUGUGUCUUUAAGGAAUCAAAAGGUCAUUUUACCGCAGACUCUAGAUGCUUACCAGGUAUCUGUUGCAAAAAGUGUCUCUAUUCCAGAACUCAGCGCUUUCACAAUUUGCUUUGAAGCCACCAAAGUUGGCAAGGAAGACAAUGACUGGACAGCUUUCUCCUAUUCAGAUGCAUCCUUAACACAAUUACUCAGUUUUGGAAAGAACAAGAGUGGUUACUUUUUAUCUAUUUCUGGCUCAAAAUGCUUACUAAACAGUGUGCUACCUGUAAAGGAUAAAGAAGACAUUUUCACUGACAGCUUUGAACAGCUUUGCAUCGUUUGGAAUAAUUCUCUGGGUUCUAUUGGUAUCAGUUUCAAAAGAAACUAUGAAACCGUCCCAUGUGACUCUACCAUUAAUAAAGUUGUCCCUCGGAGUGGGAAGCUGUCCUUGGGCUCUGAUCAAAAUGAAGUCGCCUCUCUCAAAGGGGACAUGUACAACUUCCGACUGUGGAAUUUUACUAUGAAUUCCCAAAUUCUCUCCAACCUCAGCUGCAGUGCGAAGGGGAAUGUGGUUGACUGGCAAAAUGAUUUUUGGAAUAUCCCAAUCCUAGCUCUGAAAGCUGAAAGCAACCUUAGUUGUGGUUCCUACCUGAUACCGUUCCCAGCAGCAGAACUUGUCAACUGUGCAGAUUUGGGGACCCUCUGCCAAGCUAUUGUAAAUUCUUCUAAUUCUACACCACCCACUGUCACCACUAACAUGCCUGUUACUAAUAGAACCGAUAAGCAAAAGAAUGAUGGAAUUGUCUUUAGUAUCUCCAUAGUUAUUGAAAAUAUCCUUCGUCACCCUGAAGCAAAAGUGCAGAACAAAGUGGUAGAAUGGCUCAAUUCAACUUUCCAAAAUUGGAACUACACUGUUUAUGUGGUUAAUAUCAGCUUUCAUGUGCACACAGGAGAGGACAAGAUUAAAGUCAAGAGAAGUAUUGGGAAUGACUCAAGGCUAACGAUCUCAGCUCUUCUAGUUUACAAUGCUACCAACAAUCCCAAUUUAGAAGGAAAAAUCAUUCAGCAGAAGAUCUUAAAGAAUAAUGAAUCCCUGGAUGAAGGCUUGAGGCUGUUCACAGUGAAUGUAAGGCAAAAGGAUGUAUGUCCUCCUGAGGAGCUCCCCAAAGGUUAUUUGUGGCCCCGCAUCAUGCCCAGGACACACAGAAUAACUUGCAGAGGGAAGAAUAAUGUCAAGGCCAUAAGGGAGUGCAUCAGGUACAACCAAACUUACGUCUACUGGGGACCUCCUGAUCUCUCUAAUUGUACACAAGAAGCAAAUACAAUUGCCAAUGAGAUUUUAAAUUUAACCAGUGAUGUGCAGAACUUAAACUCAGCCAAUAUCAGCAGCAUUGUAGAUCAGGUCAAAAAGCUUGUGAAUGAAGAAGACUACAUCGACAUCACCCUUGGCUCAACCAUAAUGAAAAUUUUUUCCAAUAUCUUAACCAGUCCAGCUGAUGAAUUGCAGAAUUCCUCUUCUGAAGCUUUAAAAACAAUUGAUGAAUUGGCCUUCAAGAUAGACCUAAGUAUCACACCACGUGUGACUAUUUCAACUCUCAAUUUGGCUCUUGGAGUGUCAAAUGAAACUUUAAAUUUUAGCAUCGGUCUUCCAGGCAAUAAUGAAUCUCAUUUCCAGAUGGAUUUUGAAAGUGGACAAAUGGAUCCACUGGCUUCUGUAAUUUUGCCUCCAAAUCUAUUUGAAAAUUUAAGUCAAGAAGAUUCCAUGAGCAGAGCACAGUUUACUUUCUUUAAUAAAACUGGACUUUUUGGGGGUGUGAAAAACAACGAGAGCCACUUAGUGAGUUAUGUGAUGGCAUGCAGUAUUGGAAACAUUACCAUCCGCGAUCUGAAGGAUCCUGUUCAAAUCAAAAUCAAACACACUGAGGCAGUGCCUCACUCCAUCUGUGCCUUCUGGGAUCUAAACAAAAAUGAAAAUUUUGGAUUUUGGAACAGAUCAGGAUGCGAUGCACAAACAAAUGCAGAAAAGAACGAAACGGUGUGCCUGUGUAACCACCUCACACACUUUGGAGUUCUGCUGGAUCUUCAAGGAUCUGCCUCACAAAUGGAUGCAAAAAACACUAAAAUUCUGACCUUCAUCUCUUACGUUGGGUGUGGCAUAUCUGCUAUUUUUUCAGCAGCAACUCUCCUGACUUAUAUUGCUUUUGAAAAAUUGCGAAGGGAUUAUCCCUCCAAAAUCUUGAUGAACCUGAGCACAGCUCUGCUGUUCCUGAACCUUCUCUUCCUCUUGGAUGGCUGGGUCGCCUCCUUCCAGAUGGAUGGGCUUUGCACUGCCGUGGCUGCCCUGCUGCAUUUCUUCCUCCUAACAACCUUUACCUGGAUGGGGCUGGAAGCCAUUCACAUGUACAUUGCCCUGGUGAAAGUGUUUAACACUUACAUCCGCCGAUAUAUACUGAAAUUCUGCAUCAUUGGCUGGGGUUUGCCGGCCUUAGUUGUGUCAAUUGUACUAGUGAGCAGUGGCAAAAAUAAAGUCUAUGGAAGAAAAAGUUAUGGAAUAGAAGAAGGCGGUGAAUUCUGUUGGAUUCUGGAUCCCUUUGUAUUUUAUGUGAGCUGUGCCGGUUAUUUUGGAGUCAUGUUUUUCCUGAAUGUGGCCAUGUUCAUCGUGGUCAUGGUGCAAAUCUGUGGGAGGAAUGGCAAGAGGAGCAACCGGACCCUGCGUGAAGAAGUUCUCAGGAACCUGCGCAGUGUAGUCAGCCUGACAUUCCUGCUGGGCAUGACGUGGGGAUUCGCUUUCUUUGCCUGGAAACCAUUAAGUGUCCCUAUGAUGUACCUCUUUGCCAUCUUCAACUCAUUACAAGGUAUGUUUAUAUUUAUCUUCCACUGUGCUAUGAAGGAGAAUGUUCAGAAACAGUGGAGGCGACAUCUGUGCUGUGGCAGGUUUCGGCUGGCAGAAAACUCAGAUUGGAGUAAAACUGCCACCAAUAUCAUCAAGAAAGGUUCUGAUAAUCUGGGAAAAUCUUUGUCUUCAAGUUCCAUUGGUUCUAACUCAACCUACCUUACUUCCAAAUCUAAGUCCAGCUCUACCACCUACUUCAAAAGGAAUAGUCACCCCGACAGCACUUCCAUGGACAAGUCCUCUUCAAAACUGACCCAUGCUGAUGGAGAACAAACAUCAGUCAUCCCUGUCCAUCAGGUCAUUGAUAAAGUUAAGGGUUAUUGCAGUGCUCAUUCAGAUAACUUCUAUAAAAAUAUUAUCAUGUCAGAUACUUUCAGCCACAGCACAAAGUUUUAAUGUCUUUAAUAUAAGAAAAAGGAAUCAGAAAUGUGAAGCUCUUCAAGCAGUGAAACUACAACUAGCACAUGUAAAUAUGUGAUUCCUUAGGAAACUGCAUCUGUAGACAUAUGUGCAAUGUAUUUUCUUAAGGAGACUCUGUGAAAUUCAAAAUCUGUCUAUAUUCAGUGUACUUCUUUCCUGUGGAGUGUCUCCCAUCACUAAAACAUCAGUGCUGAGAGCAAUGGGACUCAAUAGCUGCAGGAGUUAUGAUUUUUUAAACAUACAGUUGAAUCAAGCUAACCACAACUCCGGAAAGGGGGGGGCAACAUUAAAAUUAGAGGACAAGAUUGAGAGAACUUAGGAUAAGUCUUUCCUUAGGAGUACAUUCAGAGACUACCUAAUAGUUAACUUUGGAUGUGGCCAUGUGCUUCAUCCUCUUUCUCAACGAUCAAAAGCACACUAAUAACCAUUUUGGAUGCCCACAAGUCCCAGCACCAGUUUCUAUGAAUGUGGUACCAUUUCCUCUCUUUCCAAUGACAUUUCAACCAUAAAUAAAAAAGGAUGUAUAAUAUCUGACCCAGUGAUAAUUAUAUUUAAUGGUUAACCUUCAAGAGCAUAGCAUGCUCGAGAAAGAAAAAAAUUUCAAAAUUUGGACCUGCUUAAUAUAAAGCCAUGUGAAUGUCUGUUAUUUUACUUAGUCUAGUAAAACACAAGGCUUAAUUAAGCAUCAUCAUUAAUUUUAAUGUAAGCCCAUACAUUUGAAUCAAGUUUAAUGCUGCCAUUUCUGUAAUGUAGACCACCCAGUAGUUAAGAAUGAAUCUCUUACAAUUCUGCUUUUUCCUCUGCCGUGUAUUGAACCCACAGGCUCAUGGGAGGAAUGAGAAUUUCCACUCGGCAUGUGGUGUCUCUGCCUUGCCCUUCCAGAGACAGACAGUUGGCAAUCCCUGUUAGGAAGUAUAACCAGUGAAACUCCAUGGCCCUGUCUGUGCUCUAGAGACUUUAAGACAUUUCCAGUUACACAAAUGAAAAAAAGCCUCUUUUCCUUACAAGACUUUUGUUCCAAGGAAUAUAAACUGAGACAUGUGGAUAACUUAUUAUAAUCAAAAUAAUUUAUAAACAUGUGGGUCUACAAUUGCUAGUCUGAAAAUUAUUUGUAUAUAACUCCUCUGAUUAUAAGAGCCAGAGGAGAUCUGGCAGGAUAGAUGGUGUAUGAUUUAUGGACCAGUUGCUGCAUACACACCGUGCAUAAUAGUAAGCAGCUUACCUAAUUUUUAAACUAUUCUGAGUCAUAGUAAAUGUGCUUGCUAGUAAAUGUGUGGGAAGUUACAUUUUAAUUGAUCUUGAAUGUUGACGUCAUAUCCAGAUUCUUAGAAAUCAGUCUUAGUUCAUGCUAUACCUUUUCAUUUGCUCUGGAUUAUCUGGGAAGUAUCUGGUUGGGGUAAGUAGCAGGGUAAGUGAUGAGACUUGCUGGCAGAGCUGAUUUGCUUCAAGGUAGAAGUCAGCGCUGAGCAGUGUGGGGCUUUCCCCUUCUGUGCAGAAAAUAGGUAACUCGGUGUGAGGCAUGGGAGAGCCUUCUGGCUCUACACCAACCACCUUUUGCCCAUCUUCAACCAUGAAGAUACUUGCCAGACUUGAAUUGGUGAUUCAACACUGUGAAUUACUGUCCAAUUUUGCAGCUGCCUGAACACCAUCCUGGAGAGAUGCAGUGUGGCUUUGACAGGUUAGGGGUGUAUGUAGUAGGGAAGGAAAGGAAAUCUACAGGUCACUAAGAUUCACUAUAAUAGAGCCAAGACCUUUUGUAUAGGCUUUUAUUAACAGGCUGCUUAUUCUGGCAGCAGUUACAUAUAGAUGAACAUUAAUCUUAGUCACUGAAUUGUUAUAUACUUUACCCCCAAGCCUUAGAGAUUUAUAAUAGAAUUUAAUUAGCUUUCUACUGUGAGAUUUCUGCCCAAUGUGCUUAUUUAGUUAAUAGUAAUUAAGAUACAGGCUUCAAAAAAGCCUCUGAUUUCUAUUCCUAUUCAUCCAGAGCUGGGAAAAUAUUUUUUUUUUCAUAUCUGACAGCAACAUCAGCUCCACUUUAGAAAUUUUUGAGACUUCAUUAAGGAAAAUGAAGAAAUAGCGGAAUAGAAACAUUUGCAAAUGGGUUUAGAAGACUGAGCUGCACUGCCCGCAGUUCUAAGCAUAUGGUUCUCACCCUCAGCACAGAGUGACAGGAAUUUAGCCAUGGAGCCAAAAAUCAGUUUAACCUAACUUCAAGGAUAAUAUCAGUUUGACUCACUGAGUUUUUCCCCUCGUUUUAAACUGUAUUGUGUUAGUCCACGUUCCUGCGGUAUUUUCCAUGCUCGUCACCAUCAUGUACAUUGUGAAGCUUUUCUUUAUCCAUUGUGGCAUAGACUUGUCUGCACAUAUUUAUUUAUUUGUGUUUAUAAAUGUCAGCUUGUUUCUUAGCUUUAUAUUGCCCGACUUCGUUUUAUUUUAAUUAACUUUCUAUCAAAUAGGCUGUAUAUAGUUUUUUUUUUUCUAAAUACUUUGUGAAAUAGUUUUCUGCAGCGAUAUCUUUGACUAUGAGGAAUAAAAGUGACUGAGUGCAAGUCAAAAUUAGUAAAAAGAAGCUGCAACAGCUGAUUUGCCAUUUUACUUAAAUGGAAAAUUGUUUUUCAAAUAAAUACUUAUGUUGUUCU